UGUGUUUGUGCGAUUUAUCGAUGGUUAGUAUUCCGCGCGCCGACGUGUCGCCGGCGCGGGCGCGAAGGGCCUUGCACUCUUGGAGCGCAGAGGGGUUCGUCGGUUCCAAGUAUGGGGAGGGGAGGGGAGGGGAUGAUUUUUUCAGGGCGCGGCCUGCUUCUGGCCGGUCGACGGUUCGGCGGCCGCCAUCUCGUCCGCGGCGUCCGAGAACGCCGCUUCCAGCUUGAUGUCCUCGGCGUCGGCGGCCGCGGCCUGCUCGCUCGCGCGGCUCUGGGACCGGAAGCGGUUCAGCGCGAGGCGUCCCGCGACCACGAGGACGGCGGCGACGACGACGAGGCCGACGAUGAGGCCGACGCUCGCCGUGGCCGCGCCGGCCGCGCCUCCCGAGCCCUCCUCGCGGAAGACGUAGACCGAGCCCGAGUCGCAGUUCAUAUUGUCGGGACAGGCGUCGUCGUCGUCGCCUAUAGCCCCGACCACGAUCGUAUCGCCGGCGAUCGCCACAGAGGCGCCGAAGUAGUCGGACGACGCGGCAUCGGCGGCCGUCAGCUUGGCCACCUCAACGUACGUGGCGCCAUCGUCGCUCGUGCGGAAGACGUAGGCAGAGCCCGAGUUGGAGCCGCCGUCGUCGUCGUAGUG